GAGCCGCACGCCGGCGGAAUCGGGGCUGGAGGACACCCCCUUGAGUCUGGGAUACCUGCUCGCGGAUGUGAUGCGGCGACGCGGGGACACCUGCGCUCCGGGUUCAGCCCCAGCGCUCGCUCAGCCGCCGGGAGCACCCAGAGGGACGGGAGGCAGCGGCGCGGCCCCGAGCUGGGCAGGGACCCCAGCCGCCAUGGAUAGCGACGACGAAAUGGUGGAGGAGGCGGUGGAAGGGCACCUGGAUGAUGAUGGAUUACCUCACGGGUUCUGCACAGUCACCUACUCCUCCACGGACAGAUUCGAGGGGAACUUUGUUCACGGAGAAAAGAACGGACGGGGGAAGUUCUUCUUCUUUGAUGGCAGCACUCUGGAGGGAUAUUACGUGGACGAUGCCCUGCAGGGCCAGGGAGUUUACACGUAUGAGGACGGGGGCGUUCUCCAGGGCACGUAUGUAGACGGAGAGCUGAAUGGACCAGCCCAGGAAUACGACACAGAUGGGAGACUGAUCUUCAAGGGGCAAUAUAAAGACAACAUUCGGCAUGGCGUGUGCUGGAUAUAUUACCCAGAUGGAGGCAGCCUUGUAGGAGAAGUAAACGAAGAUGGGGAGAUGACUGGAGAGAAGAUAGCCUAUGUGUACCCUGAUGAGAGGACUGCUCUUUAUGGAAAAUUCAUUGAUGGAGAGAUGAUAGAAGGAAAACUGGCUACUCUUAUGUCCACUGAAGAAGGAAGGCCUCACUUUGAACUGAUGCCUGGAAGUGCCGUGUACCACUUUGAUAAGUCGACUUCAUCUUGCAUCUCUACCAAUGCUCUUCUUCCAGAUCCUUAUGAAUCCGAGAGGGUUUAUGUUGCUGAAUCUCUCAUCUCCAGUGCUGGAGAAGGACUGUUUUCAAAGGUAGCAGUGGGACCUAAUACUGUUAUGUCUUUUUAUAAUGGAGUCCGAAUUACACACCAAGAGGUUGACAGCAGGGACUGGGCCCUGAAUGGGAACACUCUCUCCCUCGAUGAAGAAACGGUCAUUGAUGUGCCUGAGCCCUUCAACCACGUAUCCAAGUACUGUGCCUCCUUGGGACACAAGGCAAAUCACUCCUUCACUCCAAACUGCAUCUACGAUAUGUUUGUCCACCCCCGUUUUGGGCCCAUCAAAUGCAUCCGCACCCUGCAAGCUGUGGAGGCCGAUGAGGAGCUCACCGUUGCCUAUGGCUAUGACCACAGCCCCCCAGGGAAGAGUGGGCCUGAAGCUCCUGAGUGGUACCAGGUGGAGCUGAAGGCCUUCCAGGCCACCCAGCAGAAGUGAAAGGCCUGGCUCUGGGCUUCAGAGACCUGGAAUAGAAACUUGGAUCUAUGCACUACGUUUAUCUGACAACGGGACAACCAGGGACUGCUCAUGCUGUGACAUCACAUCCUCUCACUCUGCGUUAGCAACGACUUUCUCGCAUACUAACUAGGUUUGACUGUAUUACUCAUACCAGAUUUAAAAUUAGCUAGCCUUGCAACAAAGUCCUACUGAGAGGUAUUGUCGAGCACUUGACAUAAGACAGCGUGAUGUUCUUGGGUGGUUCAAGUCUAAAUCUGUACCACAUCCAGAGAUGCCAAAUGAUUAGACUGAAAAAGGGAAAGGGGUUUUUUUCAGUCGUUUUUAGUCAGUGGUUUUUCCUUGAUUUUUUUCCUAUGGCCGAUGCAAACUGUGUUCUCACACUUGCAUCCGUGCCGUGUGGAGGCUGGAGAAUUACUACAUUUUUAUUCUCUAAAUGUAGUAUAAUUUGCCUUUUAACCUUUGAUCUGUAUCUUGCAAUAGAAUGGCUUUGUUUUUUCCCUAGCAAACAGAAUCCCAUUUUUUGAGUCAUUUCACCCCUCUGUCCUAUUCUCUUAGAUAUCUUUCACAAGAGAAAACUUCCAAAUGGAUUUUGUGUCUGUGCCAGUGUGUAGGUCUCUCUGGCUCUUUCUCUCUCAUUGUUUCAUUAUUAUGUCCUAAUAUAAAGAUCUGGCUCAUAGUGCCGGGGUAUUAUUAUAGAAUUAUUAUUCUCGCAUGUAAACAAAGAUAUCUUUGCUUUAAGAUGUGAGAAGAAAUGAAUUUACUUUGUUUGCAUUAAGUUAUGGAAGAGUUGUAAUAUAUACUUUAAGAAAGAAGAGAAGGAAAUUAGUAUUUCUAAGCAGUAACUGUGGCAAUUUUGCAAUAUCUUUAAUAGUGCUAGUAAUUUUUUCUCCUUGGGUACACAUUAAAUGUACAUAACAUAGAGCAGUCUGGCUUGUGGCCCAGUGCAUUGAAUUCAAAAGUCAAAUAGCAAACUUGAAUUCUAACACAGAAUUCAAACGUUGAUUUGUUUUAAUUGCUACUAUUAAGAGAGACAAACUGGUCACUAGGUACAAAUCAAACCUUAACGCUAAAACUCUUCAUCGUUGUAAUUUUAAAACACUUACCUGCUUCAAGGCAUUGUGAAUUAAGAAUAACACCUGUAUAGUUUAAAAGCAACUAUAUCAAUAGCAUUUCAGCCAUUUUGCAAGCCAUAUGUGUAAUCACAACUGCAGAAAUAAGGAGAAAAACCCUGUUUUUUAGUUUAGCUAAUUAGGUAUGUAACAUAACUGGGAUUGCUCUGAAUGAAUUCUGAGAGUUUUGGGUUUUUGUAAGUGUCCUCACCACAUGCCAUAGCUGUGUCUUCUUUUGAUGCCUCAACGAAGCAGCUGGGAGGUCUGGAGAGCAGCAGUUGCUCCGACCCGCAACUGUCAAUGGUGGCACCUGUUGCCUGAGCCAGUUUGGUCUUGAAAGCUAAAGCCUUCCAAGCUGUAGCCAAUAGCGAGCUCUGGCUGAGUAGAGAAGGCUUGCCGGGAGUGGGUGAAGAGUAAAGAAACAGACAGAAGGAAGUCUGCUAUUUCUUGUCAGUUACACAUUGCUCUUAGGAAGAAUUUAACAGAAGUGCUUGGUCCAGGGCUGCUCACAACUUGCGUUUCAGGCAGCCCCUGGGCGUGGGAUUCAGCCCUCAAGUCAGUGACAGAAGCAGCCCUUCCCUCUUUACAAGGCGAGGCUUCCAGCAGCUCCCCUCUGUCCAGCAGAGCCGAGCACGCUGCCCGUGCACGCGAUGCAUGUGGUGCAACUAGGUGGCAGUGGUUUCAGGGCAAAAAGCUGAUGGUUCACACAUGAGAAGUUGUCAGGGUUGCCAGAAAGAUCUCCCACAAAGGGAACUGAAUAGAGUUUUAGAUUAAAAGGCACCAGGACAGGAUUGCUUCUAUUCUGUAGAAAGAGACCGUUCUGUAAACUGUGACAGAUGGACAGAGUCCUGGGACUUGUCUUCUGAUAGGUGCUUUAAUUCAAAUGCUCCCAAAGUGAGUGACUGUCUUCAGGAGAAAGAUGGCUUUGAUUAACCCCAGUCCGUGGGGUGGUGGAACCAGGUCAGGGAGUGAGGUCAGGGAAGGGAUGGCGCAGAUCGCACUCCGGUACAGCUCCGCUUUGAAUGAUUUCCAUUCUGAGGGCGAUAUUGCCCUGGUGGAGGCUGCAGUGGGCUAUAAUUUCUGUCGUAAUAGGCUACUCUGAUUACCCCAUUCAAAUGGAAUUUUUUUAAGAGUCCUAAGUAGUGGUUAACCAACUAAUCCAUUUUUCAAUUAGAUGUUGAAUGAUAACUCUGAGUUUAAAACCCAGCAUCGUGUCUGUGACCUUCAGACAAGUCAGAGGAAACAAUACACCCAAGUCGAGCAUCUCUUUCUCCCUCCUCUGUUCCUAUGUCUUCUGGCUCUUCUUUCUCCUGCCCUCUCUCGUUCCUCGUUCUCUCUUGUCUGUGAGAACACCUGGGCGCCUGUAUGUAACAAUACCCCCAGCUGAUCUCUCCAGCUCAGUUACUGUCUCUCCCUCCGUGAUGGGAGCCCCUCUCCUCUCUAGCUAGUCCCUCAGGCUGUGUGUGGCCUUCGGACCCUCUGUGUGUACCUCUCUCCACUAAUCCUGUGUCCGUGUCUGGCUCCGUCGCUCCUGCUUCCCCACCCCUCCAACCCCCACCCCCCCCACGCACACACACUUCCAAAUGUAAGGCUUCGUCACAGGGUGGAAUCAGAGGGGAGCUUGAGACUCACUGUGUUCCGUAGGUAGGUAAAGAAGUCAAGGGGGUUGAGGUUCUGUAAGGAAUUAACUGGUAAGGAAGUAAGGGUUUGUUCCUUCUUUGAGCCAAAGUCUUGGGGGGAAACCUCGGGAUGUAUUUUUCUACUGAGUCUUUACAUCCACUGUGGUAGGAAAUAUGUCAGGAAGCUGCUGAAGCUGGUAGUCUCAUCAGCAUCAUAAUCAUGGCAGAAAUCUGGAAGAUUCCAUGUGGUGGGGAAGAAAGAGAGAACUAUGCUCUCCCCCAAAAAUGGCGGGCGCCUGUGAGUGGGCAUGAUGCCAUGGUCUGGAGGAGAUUCACUCAGAGCUGUCUCAGUCCAACUCCUGCAUGACUAGAUCUUUCCUUAGCAGCUUUUCUAUGACAAAUAUUAUCUUGUGUUAGACUUAGAAAUAGGAACUAAUCUGUAGGAGUAUGUCCCCAAAUGGACAUUUGGAUGGACUAACAAAACAGCUGCAAGGACUGAAUUUCUGACACAAAAGAAUGAUGAGAUUAAAAGCAACAGGCGAGGAAGGCUUGAGUUUUGUAGAACCUAUUCUUACUUUAACCUGCUUCAUCCCUGGUCUACAUGAGAAACGAGGAAGGAAAUGCGUUUUUCAAGACCUCUUUGAACCUGUCUAGGGCCAUAGUUAAAACUUAUUUGUCCCCUGCGGGUUCUUCACACUUGAAAAACUAUUUCCUUGUCACCAACAACCUGAAGGUGGAGGCCAAGAGUAACCAUUUGCAGCAUGUAAUCGUAACUAUUCAAAUUGCAGCAACUGUGAACAGUGAAUUAAAGGGUGGUCUUCUCAGUGAGACAGUAUGAGGCACUUUAGUAACUCUCCUUUCAUAAAUAAAAUCGUAAAUCACUCACUGUCAAAUACAUUUAAGAUCUCCCAAGAGGGUAGGGUUUUCUGAUUUACUUUGUUUUAAAACGGUUGCCUCAAGUUUCUGUCUUCAGAGUAAUGAUGUAGAGUCCAGACAUCUUUUGUUUUAGCAAAACAAGCAAAACUAUGUUGCAAGACCGGUAGUUUGUAUGUUUAUUUGCCACAGAUCAAAGGUUCACAAACUAUAUUAACUUUAUGUCUACUUGAGGUACCUUGAUAGAUUGUUUUUUCUUUGAUCUUUCCCUUCAGGAAUUUGGAGCCUCGGGGUCACUUUUUAUUUUAAAAAUCCUAAAUUUUAAUAGUUUUAUUUUGCCAAAUGUGUGCAUACCUAUUCAAAGCAAUGAAACUAUUUCAAGCCAUACAACCACAGGGGUCUAAACCCUUUUCACAAAUUUUAAUGUGUUUGUAUGUACAUAGAUGUUUGUAUGAAAUAUUUUCACGGUAGAAUGAAUAUAUUUAAAUGAAGUUGAAUUAUUCCAGUGCUAUUUAAACAAAUUACAAAAUUUUUGGUGAGAAUUAUCUGAGUCUAUUGAGAUACAAUGCAGAUCAAUUUUGAUUUUUUAAAAACCAAAAGCCUACAAAUAACUCUGACUCAUGGCAACUUCCCUGCGUGGUUGCAUCUGACGUGGAGAGAGCUGUAGGUUUCCCCAGUGCCUCAGCCGCUUCCUGGUGUAAGUUAGGUGCUCGUGGAGGCUUGUCCACCUUUCAGUGACAUCGCUCCAGGCCUGGGAGGGCCUGGGAGUGAAUCAGAGGCAUUAGAGGCACCGGUGCAGUUAUCCGGAGCACAAUUUCUUUGCAGGGCAGCAGAAUCAGAAGCCAGACAUGGCCGUGGGAACCUCGGAACUGGGUUUUCUGGCCACCAUCAACCGCCACCCUUACUGCCUAGUCACACAUGUCAGGGAGGCUGCCCUCAGUGGAGUUGGGGUGCAGACCCCAGGGUGGGACUUCACGGUUUUGCCAGCAGUCCCUGCCUCCUGACCUCCACCUCGCAGAGAGGAAGGAGCAGGGAGCAGCUGGCAAGGGGCCCAUUUCUCAGCACAGUACAUUUCCUGUCUCGGCUCUGGGAGACUAUGCACCUAAGCACCAAACUUCCAGCCAGAGAGAGACGUCCUCGGAUAACGCAAAUCCUUGCUUCCUCUGUCUGUGACUUUACACACCGUGUUAGAAGUUGUUUUAAUAUCAAGACCAAUCACAUCCCUAGGACAUACCUCCCAACUCUCCUGACUCUUACGUUAUUAGAACACUCCUUCAUAAUGAUAUUCAACUUGAGUGGGUUUUUUUUUUUCCUGCUUUGGUCCUGGAUAUAAUGAAACGAUAAAUAUCAUGACAAAUUUUCACUGUGUAUACUAGCAAUAUGUCCACACAUGCCAAUGUAUCUUAACAUAUCGACUUGGCUAAAUUUUGGGUUACUAUAAUUAAUCUCGAUUCAUGUAUUGAGAAACUACAGGGACUACAUAAUGCCUCCUUAUCAUAGUAGAAAUUAGGUUCAUGGUUCUGAGCUCCCUACUUCAAAAGGUUUUCCUCCUGGGUUUUCUAUGUUCUUUUUCUAUCCUGAAAUGCAUUCAUUAGGUUGUGAGGUAUGUUUAAGGAUCGGAAGCCAGGGGUACACUUUCAGCAUGUAUUGCAACCAAAAGUUAACCCCAUCACAGUUAACGAGCAUCUUUGAUUGGUCUUUUGUGGAAUUUGAACUAAAUCUAUGAGCCUUAUUCAAUAUCUAUAAUUCUAUGAUUUUUUUAAAUUAUGGGAAAUUAAUGAAAGAUGUUUACAUGAAUAAUGUUUGCCCUUACUGUGUUAUGAAUGAGUUUUUUGUAGUGUGUCUGGGUGCAUGUGCAAGAGAGUUGGAAAAAUGUUUCUGAAACAAAACUUGACAAAUAUUUGUAAUGAAAAGUAAAUUUAAAGAUUGCUAUAAUUGCGCUAUAGAAACAAUGCAAGUAUUAAACAAAAUAUACAAUCA